UUUGCUUGAUUACACUCAUGUAGCACUGAAAAUCCUGUUAGUCAGAUAUUAAUCAAGUUUCGGAAUUAAGUCACAAAUUUAAAUAAAAUGUGCCAAAAUUCGAUAUCUUGUUAGUGAUUAUCUGAUAUCAAUUUUCAAAAAUGGAGAUACAGCCAAUUAAAAUUGCACUAGAUGAGGAAAUGGCUGGUUUUUUUAAGCAACCCCCUGGAGAGGAUGGCAGUACCGAGGCCUAUGAUCUUCAUAUGGGAAUCUUGGAGUUGAGUGUUAGUCUUGGUAACUUUACCCACGAUGUGGAAAAAUCGGUACAUUUCAUAGCCGAAAGCAAUACGCCCUUGAACAGUUCCUUUGAGUUGGUAUUCCUCAAUGAUUUUCGGAUGCAAUUCGAACGGUUGCAACAAGGAAAGGAUCCAGAGGAAAGAACUCUUCACGAAACUCGGGGGGACUUGUUUAUGCGCCUCUAUAAGGAACUGGUGGAUAUAGAGCCGGAUGAGAUACAGCGAUGCGAGUACCUAAAACUGUUCUAUGAUCUAUUCGAUUCAGUGCAACCAAAACUAAACGGACUUCAAGGGCCAUUUACUUAUCGCAUGGAACUUAUCGAUCGUAUGCAUGGCCAGGUUCAAAGCAUACUGGAACGACUUGGUCGAACUCCAGAUGCCAAAGAAAUAUCCUCCGACUCCGAAAUGAAUAUUUAUUUGGAAUCGAAAAGGUUUCGAAAUGAAGUAAACACCCAAAGCUUACCUAUGAUUGUGGGCUUGAAUAAGGAAAUAUGUUAUCAGGACCAAGAACUCAAGUUACGCAAUGUGCAUCAUGAAAUAUUACAUGUGGAAGGUUAUAGAUUAAUUGAAAGUUAUACUAAAAUAAUUUCCUUCCCUUUAAUGGGCAUCAGAAUUGAUGACGGAUUUACUGUGGUUACUUAUAAAAAAGAAAGAUCUGAACCAAGAGACACGUCCGCAAAACCGAAAACUUUCAAAAAUGGUUUGAAAGUGGAAAUGAUCUCACCUAAUUUUCAUGAAAACAAUAUUUCUAUUGCUUCAGAGGAUUUGGCUAACAUUUCUUGUAUCGAUCAGGUUCUUUUAGCUGUAUAUGAUUAUAUUAAUUGUAAUGAAACUGCCUCCUCCAUGGGUCCAGUGGAAAAUUCUAUUCGCAUUUUGGGUAGCUGCUCUGACAAUCAUUUUGUACUCGUUUCUUCAGCUGUUUGUAAUGAAAAAGGCUUGAAGAGUACUAAUGAACAUGCAAUUUAUACAAAGGAAGAACUUUAUGAUGGCACAGAUAAAAUAAAUGAUACAUUUCCCAAAGAAAUAGAGGUAUCUAAAAGUUGUUUAGCUAAAGACGUUAACUUAGAUCGGAGGGAUGUUGAGAAUAUUAUUCCAUUUACCUUUGAACAAAAUCUAAUUGGUCAUAACAAAAUUUCAUUUUCUAUGAGUUGUGUAGAUAAACAUGUUGUAUGUAGUGUGGAAAAGAACAUUUCUGGAAACGCAUCGUAUAGCGCUUUUACUGAUGAUCUUAAUAAAAAAAAUGAUUAUUGUAACACUUCAAAUAUUUCAGAAAAAUCUAAAUCGCGUACCUCCAUAAACUCGGAGUUCAAGCUGUAUGAUUCUAAUAUUAGUCCUAAAAGUGCUCAACCUCUUCCUUAUAAUACUAGUGCUACAUGUUCAAUGAAUAGUUUAUAUAAAGGAGCAUUUAAAAUUCCUAUAGGAGUUCAUUCUUGUAAGUCUUCUCAAGCUGCUCUCAAAAAUAUUACUGGUAAAUUAUUCGUAAACAAAUUUGAUAAACAUACUCAAAGCAAUCUUAAAAAGAUGAAUGAUUUAUUUGUAGAUUACAAAAAUAAACUGGAUGCAAUGAACGAAGUAGUUGAAAAACAAAUGCCGGCUACAGAAAUAAAAUGUCAAGCAUUUUUUGAAUCCGAAGAAAUGGACGCAACUGUAUUGUCAAAGCCGGAGGAUCAGAGUUUGAAUCAACUAAGACAAGCAGUAAGUGAUAUAAAAAUAAAUAUCUUGAAAGAAGUGGAUAAGUCCCUGGAACUGACCCUUUAUAAUUCUUCUCACAUACUAUUGAAAAAACCGUCCAAAGAAUCAACUAAGAAUGAGACGAAAAACUACGGUCGAAAUUCCAGAUUUACAGACGGGCUUCGAUUGCAAUAUCCAAGAGCUCUUUCCCGUAUUACUUGUAGACCUAAGGAUUCGGUCAACAUAAUACCCCAAAACAAAUCGUGUAAGUCUAAUAACACCCCAGUGAGUACAAAAAAGGCUACAUCCAAUCUAUGUCCGAGAAAAAAAAUUGAUAAGUCCUUGCCAAAAUCUUAUAAAAAUAAUCAAGCAGCUGCAUUACAUAAGAAAGUGGUCAAAUGUGAUAAUGAUCCAAACGACAUUAACUGCAAGAACAGCCCCUUUGUUAAGAGUGCUCUGAGAUUGAAGGCAACACCAGUAAUAUCUGAACAAUAUUUAGCUAGAGGGGAUAGUGAGAACAUGAUUGAACCGAUAAUAAGUGAACUUACACAAUCGGUUGGAGAAUUCAAGCAGAGCGUUAUAAAAGUGGAAGAUUCAAACUGCUUGCAUGUUGAAAGCAGCAGAAAUGAAGAUAUUGCAGAUUUAUUUGCAGACCCGAAAGAUUUAAGUUUAUCAACUCAUAAUUUAAACAUUGAUAUUUUUGAGGAGUGUUGUGAUCCGGAUAAUUUUGACACGAUUUCACCGAUUUUAAGUCGAGUAAAUCAAACGGUUAGAGAAGUUAAAGUAAACGUUUUAAAUGAAAAUGAUAAUGUUGACAUAUUUAAAGAUAGAAACAGCAGACAAAAGAUCUGUUCAGAUUGGGUUGAAAAUUCGGAUGAAUUAAGCUCAACUUCAUGUAAAUUAAAAAUUGAUGUAUGUACGGAAGGUUGCGAUUUAAGAAAUAACACAGAGAAUUUAAAUGAAUUCGGUUACGAGGAAAAUAUUUCACCAGCAUUAAGUCAAAUUACCCAAACGAGUAAUCUUGUUAGGCAGCAAGUUGUAAAAAAGAUGGACAAGUUUCUGUCCGAUAUUUCCGGGAUAAAUAUUCCUAUAAAAAAUGAAAAAGAUUUUCUCAUGUUAGAUGAGAGGCGUAGUGAAGGUUCGAAAGAACUUAAUCCAUCUUCAUGUAAUUUAAGCACUAAUAUCUUGGAGGGAUUCUCCGAUAUAAGUCAAAGGUUAACUUCAGGUCACCAACCCGAUGAUCAAGACAAACUUUCACCGAUAUUAGGUCAAAUUACAAAAACAGUUAGUAAUGUCAAGAUCAACAUUUUAAAUGAAGUGGUUAAAUCUUUGUCGGAAAUAACCUUAAGAAGUGUUUCUGCCGUUUUACAGAAUCGCAAAUCUAAUGAAUAUUUAAGUAAGCAGCAACAAAACCAGGAAUUAAAUUAUACAACAGAUGACGGUACUUUGUUUGGUUUGUCUGAGGAAAAUGUGGUUAAGGUAAAUCCUUUAAAAAAUGUUGAAUCAUCUUUAUCUGAAUGGCCUUUAAAAAAUCCUUCUGAUGCUAUUAUUGGAAAACCGCUCUCGAGAAACGUAAAACACAUGUCUGAGACUUCAGAAUUAUGCGAAUGCUCUGAAACACAGCUGUCAAGUAAAAACAGUAAUCAAAUUCUUUAUUUAUGUAAGAAUUGUAAUGUGAAGGUAAACUAUUCAAAGGAGGAGGAUAAAUACAUUGCUGAAGGUUUUAGUAUAAAUAAAAGAAAAUGCAAAGUGACUGAGAGGAAUGAUUGGAUUACUUAUAAGGCUACUUCUGCAGAGUGCAGUAGAAAACCUAGACCCAAAUGGCACCAUCAACGUUAUGUUAUUGCCGCCCCUCGCGUUAUAGUUAAGUCCUUUAAGUCGAACCCUGCAUAUGAGUGGCCCCCUGAAGAUCCAAAUGGUCCUGAUUUAUAUGAGCAACUGGAUCAAUUCAUUGAGAUCACGGGCCAAAAAAAAUAUUGUGCAGACGGUGAUCUAAUUACCGCAUCGAUACAACAUCGGUUAAGUCAGGUUCUAAAACGUAUCAUAAGAAAAGCGCCUAAAGAUAUGAACUUCCCCGAUUUGAUGACUAUUGUGGGGAAAGCUAAGUUGGAACAGUUGCUAACUAGAAAGGAACAAACUGCAUAUGAUUCCUUGCGGUGGCAGUCGCGGGAUAAAGGUAAUCACGAUUUAUCUGCAGAGGGUCUAUUCACUGAUGCUCUCCAUGGAAUGAUGGGCUACGGAUCGCCCCAUUUGAAGGUAUCCCCAUUAACAGGAAGACUUCUAUUGCGUUCACCCCAGCAUCAGAAGAAUAUAAGUGAGUCCUAUCUGCUGUUGACCGUCGGCUACUUGGGAUACUGUUAUCGGGAGCUAAAAGAACAUCAUGUCAUGCUUGCCGAACAGGGUGAAACUGCUGUUGCUCUUGGAAAAUGUCUACAAAAGUAUCUACUUAAUUUCCACCAAUUUUAUGAUGUACAGAAAAGAAAUCCCUGCUCACUGCUUGCCUUGUAUCGCAGAACUCGAAAUUUUCAGUGGCAAUUCGAGUGGUUAUUAGAGGUGUUUAACAAUGUUCAGAAAGCAAAGUCUGUUGUGGUCUCCCUUUAUGAGGAAUCAAGCCGAAGAAUCGGAUUUCAAAGAAACUUACUUCUCAAAUGGCUAAGAGUUAUAAUUCAACCAUUUAUAUUUAAUCUCCACCAAUGGCUUCGGAACGGUCGACUGCCUUCUACUAAUCUCGAUAAGUUUCUCAUAGAACAAACUAAAUCUUUAAAGAUAGAUGAAUUUUGGCAAAAACGCUACCGGAUCACAGAGUUUUUCUGUGGUAUUUUUGACCUUCACUUAAAUGAAAUUCUGAUAAGUGUAGGCAAAACUUUGGAAUACUCAGAUAAGUAUUUGGCCAUUAACGUUGAAACUUGUCUGCCUAGAAACGAACUUCGUAGCAUGUUGUUUGAGACAUUGGAUCAGUUUUUUCGGCAUGGCGAUCAGGAACCACUCUACCAUUUUGUUAGAAAACUGCACUUGGAAGUAUCCAGCAAGGUCCUAAAACAUCUUCGGAAGAUUAGGACCAAUCCGGAGCACCUGUUUUCUGAGCUCCAUAAGUACAUAAUGCUUUCGGAUCUUAAGUUUACCAAUGAGUUCCUUAAUAUGUUCGAGCCCAUCCUUGGUGAUACCGAGAGUUCCUUCAAUAUACGACUUUUUAACGAAAUGAAAGAUAGAAUUUUGCACAAUCCAGUUCCGGACAUCUAUAUAGAUAAGAGCCAGUCGGAGGGAUCCAGGUGUUGGUCAAUGCUUAUACUCCGAUGGAAGAUGCCGGUCCAUUGGAAAGCUUUACUCGGCGCGGAAUCCAAGGAGUACGAGGCUAUAUUCACCGCAAUGUGGAGAUUCCAUUAUGUUCACUAUGUGCUCUGUGAAAGAAUACAUAGACAACAGAUGCAGUUUCGCAAUCGUAUUGCAUUAAAAAGCUUGGAAGACCUUAAUGACACAUUCAAAUGUUUCUCCAAGUUGAUAAACGCCUGUAUGCGCUUGAUGAAUGUUCUAAGGGAGUAUUUUUUGGACUAUUUAUUGGAGCCAGCAUUCGCGAGACUUUUGUUCGCCUGCAAGCACGCAAAUACCGUCGACCAAUUACUGGACGCCAAUAGACAAUAUUUAAGGACCAUCAUGCUGGGGUCCCUGCAAACAAAAAAUCUACGAAAACCCCAUCAAUAUCUGGAGCGACUUUAUGAUCUCAUACUUAAGCUUGAUGAUAAGCAGCAAAAGUUCUUAAGACUAAGUCAAAUUUCAGUGGACUAUGUGAUAAAAGUUCGCGUAAGCAAACCACAAAGCAUAGUUUCCAACUAUUACAGGGAACGAAUGCUGCAGUUUCGUUGGACCUGUCAAAAUUACUCGGAUGUAAUAAAUGAGAUGAGAGAUCAAUUUGAUUCGGCAAUGAUAAGCUUUUUAUUUAGUCUUCACUUAGCUGAUGAGGACUCAUUGAGGAGGCUAGCCAAAAGAUUGGACCCCGAGCGCUAUUAUAUGGAAAAGGAUAAUAGAUUGGGUCUGGUACAAUUUUUUGAGUUUAAGAGGAAAAACAAAAAAUCACUUAAAAUUACUUAUAUUGUUUAAUAAUUUUAUAUUUCAAUAUUUUCUAUUUAUUACUGGCUUUUGUAAAAUGUGCACAUGAUGUCACCUUG